UAGCAAUCGGUCUGAGGGAGGAAUCAGAAUUAUGGCUUACCCAAAGUCGCAGAGAGAAGAAGAAAAUGGUUGGCUCAAGUCACCAGGAGCAACCUCACCAUGACCAGAGAUCACAAUAAGAAAAAGCUGUGUGCAGUGAGUUUAACGUGCACUCUCAAAUGUUUUCUAUCAAGGCUCUACAUGUUUUGCUCUCAACUGCACUAGACUGCAAUUAAACUGUUAAAUGUGGCAGGAAAUAAACUAAUACACCACUCUACAGGCACAUUGUGGGGAGGGACAGUUUACUAAGACUAGGCAAGGCAAGGUGAGACUCAGGGCUGAUGCUGUGUUUGUUCAUCACCCUGAACCAAGGAGGAGGAAGGACCCUGCAGUGAGAAGUACAGCAGAACCGCUGUAUGUUGAUCCACUGACCAGUGACCACACAUAUUGUACUCAAGUAAACUGUGGUACAAAUCUUUUGAAAUAUUAAGACAUUUUUAUUAAUUUUAUUUUAAAAUUAUUCUUUAUUCUAACAGUGCCAUUAUAAUUUCAGAGAAUGAGGAAAGCAGCAGCAGCAGUGAGGCAAAUGAGAUGAGGGAAAGUGAGAGGGGACAUGAGAUGGUAUCAGGAGAGAGGGACAUCCCAGGAGGCCAUGUUUAAAGCUGCAAGUUUCACCUUACAUUUAGAAACACGCUGCUGAACUGGGCAAGAAAACAAAUGAAAUGUGUUUUGCACACAGGUUUAGGGGUAAAAACGAUAAUUCAUAUGUAAAAACAAAAAGUCUGAGGGAUUAAUGGUGAAAAAUGUUUGUGUUUCUGUAGAGCGUCAAAAGAACAGAAAACCUGCAUUUCUAGAAGCUCUGAUCUUUUAAGAUAUUAUUUCUGGCUUCGGCUCAUAACUCGUGUUUAGAACAUAAACAAAAGAACAGACGAGCAGCAGCAGCCUCUGAGGUUUCAGGUUUUUCUCUGUAAAUCAGAGGUGACAGCUGAAGCCUUCAGGGAGCUCACAACCAGUCAGACCAGAUCUGUGACUCUUAAUCCAGCUUCAGCAUCCGGCCGUGCAGCAGAUCCGACCUGAACCUCGUAGGAACCACAACCUCACCAUGGGUUAGACAGGUAGUCCGGACCGUACUAAAGGAUUUCUACUGUCAGCUGGACAGCUGAACGCUGAAUGCAUUUCCUGACAUGAUCUUCAUAGUAAUGACCCUGAGGAACCUCCUGAUGCCGCUGAUCCUGCUGGACUUUAUGAACGAUGUUUGGACGCUGUCUCCUCCCAGCAGAGUCCUCAUGGACUCUGUCAACCUGAGGCACAUCCUGAGGUGGUCCAGCCCGACGACGUCCUGCAACACCACGGUUCUGUACUCGGUCCGGUACCAGGGAGAGUUUGAACUUCUGUUCAUGAACAACAGCUGGCUGGAAGCUGCCAGAUGCCAGAAGAUCCCGGGCAGUGAGUGUGACCUGAGCCUGGACCUGGGAACGGAUGCUGACUACGUUCUACAGGUCCGAGCCGAGUGCGGCUCCCAGCUGUCAAACUGGGCCAAAGUCCCGUUCAACAGGAGAAACACAAUUCUUCAAGUUCCUGAGAUGAUGGUGACCACGAUGGAUGACGCCCUUCAGGUGUCGAUCAUAAAGCCGUCUGUGAGCGCCAGCGUGACAGUGUGGGAGAAAGACGACGAGCCGCAGGCUGUUGUUUACAUGAUGGCGGCUGAGCAGAAGGAUCUACAUGUCGCCGCCCUGCAGGAGGGAGAGGAGUACUGCGUCAAGGCCCAGUUGGUCCUGAACCCUGGUGCUCAUAGCGGGUACACCGAGACCCGGUGUGUGUCCAUCACAGGUCCCGGGGCUCCAGCGUGGAAGGAACCGACCACCGUGAUUCUGACCAUCAUUAUCAUGCUGGGUCUGCUGAUCGGGUUGUUCUGGUCCAUCAUUCACUGUCAUCCAGAAUCCUGGCAGAUGUUUUUCCAGAAGGAGCCGCUGCCGCAGUCGCUGAAAGGAAACUGGGACACUCAGGUGUUUGUUGGGCCUGAGGAGGAGGCGGAGCUUUGUGAGGAAACGCCCACCCUGCUGGUGGAGAAGACCUGAUGGACAGGUCUGGAGACAUUCAACACCCUCAGUUUGUACGUGCUGUGUUCAAAUCUGGAUGGAAAACCCGGAAUCAGAAUCCUGAAGGAAGUAAAACAAAUGAAAACCUGGACAGGAUUCAUCAGGAGUGGCUCUGUUCUGGUCCAGUUCUGAGCGGAGCCAAAGGGAGCAGGAGGUUCUGCUGCUCCUGUUUCCAAGAGGAACUUUGUGAAUGAAGCUUGUUUACUCAGAAUGAAGCUGCAGGAAGAAGAAAGUUCAGAAACGUUAAAACUGACAAAGUAAUGAAGCAGAUAAUCGUUUAAGACACAACAAACACCGUGUGUGUUUCAUCUAACAGGAACUGAAUGAGUAAGAGAGUUGGGAUAUUCCUCUUUUACCUGCCAACCGUGUUGGCUUCUCGUUAAGGCCUUCUUCAUGGGCUGGCAUCUGCUGGACUGAUGACGCGUAUUUCCAGUGCGCAUCACAUGGGAAUGGAGAGGGGAGCACAGCGAACUUCAUCUAAAAUAAGCAUUUUCUGUUUUAUUUAAUUUUUUACUUCAACCACGAGCAGCUAAACAUCUGCUCUCGGUGUCACAGAGAAGCUGAAGAAGAAACAUCAGAUUCCUAAAGUUUACGUUAAUGUUUCAUUUAACAGCUUCAUAAAACAUGGCAACAUUUAAAUAAUAUUUCUAGAUAAAACCUACUAAUUCAUCUAGAAUAAAGGAUUUAAUCUAAAACAGAUAAUCUCAUGGUAAAUAACCUAUUGCGCCUUCUUAGGGUUCUACAACCCCCCAAGGCGCUUCACACCACAAUCAGUCAUUCACACGCUGGUGGGGAUGAGCUACGAUGUAGCCACAGCUGCCCUGGGGCGCACUGACAGAGGUGAUGCUGCUGAACACUGACCAACACCAGCAGCACGGUCAGAGCUAUGAUUGAACCUGCAACCUUCCAAUUUCUGAACAACCCACUCUACCUUCUGAGCUGCUGCUGCCAUUCCUAAUUUAAGCUGGUUUGUAACGCAGAACUCAGUAUGGAGCUCAGAUAGUGCCAUUAUGGUAACAUCUAAAGGUUAUUUUCUGAUAUUGAACAAAAGCAACUUGAACCAGUGCUAAAAUGACCCUACAGGGUUAAAGAAAGGCCACCCAGCCUCUUUUGCCCGCUGUGGCCAGAAUAUCCCACUUGCAACUUCAGAAUGACAUGCCACUCUGUUGGGAAAAAUGACCUGGCACUGCAGUCUGGCUCCACAACGUUCCCUGCAUG